CUCUGUCAUGGGAUGGGGUGGGAAGAGGAGGGUGUGGGGUUGGAAAGGGGAAUAAUAGAUGAUUGAUGAAUUCAGAAUUGGCAAGGCAACAAGCGAACAAGCAAACAAAGGAACCAAGGAUGGCACAAAAAUAGCUUUAGGGGGCGGGGCGGGCAGCGCACUAAUUAAACUAGCCCAGCGCACCACCCGCAAAACUCACUCGCCAGAUUCUCCCUCACUCAUCAUCGGCGCCCGAGCUGCGGCACCAGCAGCAGCUAGAGAGGGGCUAGAGAGAGAGAGAGAGGGGCGCGGAGGGAGAGGAUAUCAUGGCACAGCAGCAGUAGCAGCAGCAGCAGGGGGGAAAGGCCCAAACACACACACGAGAGAGAGAGAGAGAGAAGGGUGGGAAAGCUUGGAAGAAGAGAGAUCCACCUCGAAGUAACCCCUCCUCCCUCCCUCCCUCCCUCCCUCGCUUCUGCUGGAGACCUGGAGCCGAGUUGAGUCUACUGGUGCUGCUGCUUGCUGCCCUCGACGACGGGUCGAGUGAGCUCCAAGAAUUGCUCUGCUCCGGCGAGGUGAGGGGAGCAGGGGAGGAGCGGCGGCCAUGAGGGAGGAGGAGGAGCCCAGCUGGUUCGCGCGCUGCGAGGAGCAGCUGCCGCGCCCGGACGAGCUGAUGCCGCUCUCGCAGACGCUCAUCACGCCCGAUCUCGCCGUCGCCUUCGACAUCCACUCGCAUGGCGGCGGCGGCGGGGCGGGCGGCGGCGCGGGGGGCGGUGGGGCCGGCGGCAGCGGCGGCGGCGGCGGCGCGGGCGGCCCGGACAUGAACGGCGGCGGCGCGUCGUCGGCCGCGGGCUCCAGCGGCGGCGGCGGGGGCGGCGCCGGCGACGAGCCGGCACGGACGCUCAAGCGCCCGCGCCUCGUGUGGACGCCGCAGCUGCACAAGCGCUUCGUCGACGCCGUCGCGCACCUCGGCAUCAAAAACGCCGUGCCCAAGACCAUAAUGCAGCUCAUGAGCGUCGACGGCCUCACGCGCGAGAACGUCGCCUCCCACCUCCAGAAGUACCGCCUCUACCUCAAGCGCCGCCGACCCGUACCCGCCCUUCGCGCCCAUGGGCCACCACCACCACCACCACCACGCGCCGCAGAUCGGCCACUUCCACCACCCCGCCGCCCGGCCACUCGGCCACUACGGCCCCGCGGGCGCCGGCUUCGACCACGGCUUCCUCAGCCGCGCGGUCGGCGCCGGCGCGCCGCCCGUCGGCCCGCCCGGGAUGCACCACCACCGCAUGAUGGCGCCCGCCUCCUUCGCCGACGACAUGGACCUCGGAUCCCGAGGCGGCGGCGGCGCCAGCGGCCGCCGCGAGCUGACGCUGUUCCCGACGUCCGGGGACCACUGAGGCCGCCGGGGGGAUCCGACGGCGACGGGCAUCGGGCUGCGGGCGGCCACCUCCGCCCUCGGGUACAUAAAAUUCGUUCGCUUCCUGCUCUGCUUCCCACAGAUCGGCAUCGAAAUCGAGCGAGGCUCAAACCACAUCUCAUAGAGUCCAAGAAUUAUUGGGAAUUAGCAAUCCAUCCACCCACCCAUGAUCCGUGUGUUCCGUAGCAUCUCGCCGCCGCCCCACCAUUGUUGCUGUUGAUGUUCGUGUACUGCUCUGCUGCUAUUUGUCAUGUUCUCUCCCCCUUCCAUUGUUCUUGUUGCUGAUGACAUAAAGUUAGCCUUAGAGAUGAUAUUUAGAGGGUACAACAAAAUUGUGUCUACCUACAAUCUAGAAUUUUUUCUCGCCUUCGCCGUCGAAGAACAGCUCAAUCCUCGCGAUUGCGCCGAGGAUCCGGGGUCGAACUGCUCUGUUCUUCUUCAGUGAUGCAACAACCAUUGCUUCAGAGCAGCGACCCCCAUCGAAGAAGUGAUGCAACCAUUGUGCAUCACUACUAAGAGUUCCAUAUGGAUACAGGAAUAAGCAAUCCCAAGGCGGCACGCCCUGAAGAUCAAUAAGCUUGAGGAUUGUAUACCGGUAUGAUAAAAUUCAAUCUUGCUGCGGGAGUCAAAUCAUCUGCGAGGACCACCAAAUAGAGAGAUUCAGAUUUCAGAGCAUAGUCUGCUGCUCUGCCAGUUUUCUUCCUUGCACCUCCUCUGAUGGAGGUAGAAGAGUAUAGUAUGAUAUAUGUAGCAUGGGCUGGGAUAGUGUUGUCACAUUCUCUGCUUCCGCCUCCCGAGAACUCUGGAGCAGCUCAAAUUGGAGUUUGUUGUUGUUGUAGCAAAUUGUAGCGACCGGUCAUCUGUAUAUCUGCGCAACUUAAAAGAGCUUUGUAGCACUGAGGAAAAGAUCUGGUUCAGUCAUGCUAGUACAGUGGGAUGCUUAUGUUCUUGUAUGCUAGCACUGUUCUCCGGCUCCGAUCAAGUCAGAAUCUUCAUA